GAUCCCCACAACAUCCGGGAGCCGGCGACCACUUCCAGUUGCUAUGGAUACGAGUUCCAACCUCCAGAAAGAAUUCGUGGUUUCACCCGGGAAAACAGCUCCCGAGAUUAAACGGAUAGGUUUACACAUACUGAUCCACCCAGCUAUUCAUCUUCUAUUUGCUGCUUUAAUUGGGUGCGGUUAAAAGGCCACGUCCCUAGGCGUUCACCGGCUUUCUUGCCAUCUGCUGCGUGAAAACUGACUUUGCCAAAAAAAUUUACAAAGAAGAUAGCGAAAAUGACAGACCGCGACCCAGAUAAGAAAAGUACUUCACCUUCAAAUUCAGACACAGAAAUGAAAUCUGAACAACUGCCUCCUUGUGUGAACCCUGGCAAUCCUGUGUUUUCAUGUAUGUUGGAUCCAAAGACACUCCAGACAGCCACCUCACUAUCAAAACCUCAAAUGAUUAUGUAUAAAACCAAUUCAAGUCAUUAUGGUGAAUUUCUACCUAUUCCACAGUUUUUCCCCUGCAAUUAUACUCCAAAGGAGCAAGUAUUUUCAAGCCAUAUCAGAGCAACUGGAUUUUAUCAAAAUAACACUCUAAAUACUGCACCUGACAGAACCAGAACUCUUGAUUUUCCUAAUAUUCAACACACUCUAUGAAAAUAUAUUCCUUUGUAUAUUGAAUAUAUUCCUUUGUAUAUUGAAGAGAAAAUAUACUCGGGAAAAAUGAGUGUUAAAUCUAAGGGUAGAAUACCUAAUUAAGAAGAUAAAAAGUUUUGAAUCAAUUUUUAAAAUAAGUUAAAGUAUUUCAACUGAUAACUACAUGACAGAGACUUUUUAAAUGAAAAUAUGUUCAAAAUAGCAAAAUAGAAGGUAGAAAGUGUUUUAGUCCAUGUAAUCCAAAA